AUUUUGGUCACGUUGUUCAAGUGAUUUUGGCUGACUUGGCUUCACUUGUGUGUUUCCCAAAAACUAAUGCGAAUCGGAGAGUUGUUCGACACCCCCCCUUGUUUUCAUGUGUUUCCGCUGCUGUAGGGGCAGGAGGUGUCAUUAACAGUGCGGGGUCCCACGGUUCAAGCAUGGAUGGAGCAACCGGGACCUCCCCGGGAGUGACAACCGCUCAGAGUCAGUCCAAGCCGGGGACAGCCAGCGGACUCGUUACGGUGGUACCAGAAGCAGCUUCGGCUGUCGGGAAAGCUGGAGCGACUGGUGCUCAAACUUUGAAUGGAAGUGCCGUGGUGAUGAACUGUCAUAUCACCGGAGGCGGCAACAACAACAACAACAACAAGGCGCAGCCCGCUGUCACGCUUGUCAACAACGGACCUGUUUCUGUGAGCAAAGGAGGCGCAACAGUUCUGUCUGCAGCACCAAGUACUAUUAUCAGAACUCCUGCGUCGAGCGCGCACAACGCUGUCAUUUCCUCUCAGCCCUCAGUGAAAAGUAUACCCACUGUCACGCUUGUGAGGCCACCUAUGCAAAGUCCCACCAUCACCUCACACAGCGGAGGCAACCCCACUACAGUUUUAACACCAUCAGCCGUCAGUGUUACAAGCACCACUGGCUCAAAAAUCAUGCAGACUGGUGCGCAUGUUGUGGCUUCAGCUGUCGCGACAGGGACACCAGCGACCAUGAGGAGCCCGACUGUUUUGCAAAACUUGAGGACUUCAGUGCCGUCAACAAUCGCUGCCACUCCUCCUGGUGGAAUACGAGCUAUUGCUCCACAGGUGUUGGCCCCUCGACUCACUCAGCCUCAACAAAACGCCCCAAAUAUCCAAAACAUCCAACUCCCUCCAGGCAUGGUCUUGGUUCGCAGUGAGAGUGGGCAGCUGCUGGUGAUUCACCAGCAGACCUUGGCUCAGAUGCAGGCUCAGUCGCAGUCCCAAAGCGCCAUGACACCACGACCUGCAGCCCCCACCAGCACUCCACCUGUCCAGAUCACUUCUCUACAGGCUCCAGGCGCAUCACUGCUGGCUCGUCCGGUUACUCCCACCACCAUUAUUAAACAAGGUUCUCCAGUUCAGACCACUGUGACGGCCACCACCACACUGCAGAGGCCUCCUGUACUUCAGAACACCAUCAUGCUGGGAGGAACUGCCACCACUCCGGGACAGCCGCUAGGAACGCCCACCACAGUGCAGCCUGGAUCUGCAGCCACAGCAGUUACACAGAGGGUAACUGGGACCCCUGUCACUCCAACAGCUAUCACAGCUGAGACACUGGAGAAUGUAAAAAAGUGUAGAAACUUUCUGUCCACGUUGAUCAAACUGGCAUCCAGUGGGAAACAGUCGUCUGAGACAACAGCCAACGUCAAGGAGCUGGUCAAGAACUUGCUGGAAGCAAAGAUAGAGCCUGAAGAUUUCACCAGUCGGUUAUACCGGGAGCUCAACUCCUCACCGCAGCCGUACCUUGUGCCUUUCCUGAAGAGAAGUCUCCCAGCACUGCGUCAGAUGACCCCUGACUCCGAGGCCUUCAUCCAGCAGAGCCUGCUGCCUCAGCCCAGCACUCAGCCUGCUGCCGCCGCCUCCACGGCCCUCACCGCCGUGAUGCUGCGACCUCCCCUCUCCACGGCCAACACUACGGCCACCAGCAGUGCCGCACCCAAAACCACAGUUAUCAGCCUCACUCAGACGCCUCACAGUAAACCCGGACUGAAAGUGCCACAGCAACAGGGGACAAUGGUGAGGCCACAGGUGACACUGGCUCAGUCUCCCAUGGUAACGCUCAGAGGACAAUCUCAUAGCCGCAUCAUUGUGGGCCAGCCGCAGGUGGUCAAGCAGCUACAGACUACAGCAGUGAAGCAGACUUUGGCUCCAGGGGCCAAAGGAGUGCAAGUCUUCAGUCAGGCCUCGCUCACUGCUGCUCAGAAGAACAAGCUGAAGGAAGCAGGAGGGGGAACCUUCAGGGAUGAUGAUGAUAUCAAUGAUGUGGCCUCAAUGGCAGGAGUCAACUUGACAGAAGAGAGUGCCCGUAUCUUAGCAACCAACUCCGAGCUAGUUGGCACGGUGACUCGCUCCUGUAAGGAUGAGACCUUCCUCUCCACCUCUUUACUCACGCGGAGAGCUCUGGAGAUCGGGAAGAAGUUCGGAGUGAGCGAGCUGGGCACAGAUGUGGUCAACUUCAUUUCCCACGCGACACAGCAGCGAUUACAACACCUGCUGGAAAAGGUGUCGCGAGUGGCACAGCAGAAAAACACAACCUUCAAGGAGGAUGAGCGGUGUGAGCAGGUCAGCGACGUGCGAACCCAGCUUAAGUUUUUCGAGCAGCUGGAUCAGAUGGAGAAGCAAAGGAAGGAAGAGCAGGAGAGAGAGAUUCUCUUAAAGGCUGCCAAGUCUCGGUCACGGCAAGAAGACCCUGAGCAGCUCAGACUGAAACAGAAGGCCAAAGAGAUGCAGCAGCAGGAGCUGGCUCAGAUCAGACAGCGAGAAGCCAACCUAACGGCGCUGGCAGCAAUCGGCCCGAGGAAAAAGCGGAAAAUGGACUCUCCCGUUAGGGGCGCCAGUGCAGAGGGCUCAGGGUCAGGCCCCUCUCAGCCUGGAGGCUCCAGUGGAGCAGGCUCCAGACAGUUUAUGCGACAGCGCAUCACCAGAGUCAACCUCAGGGACCUGCUCUUCUGCUUGGAGAAUGAAAGAGGGACCAGUCACUCACACCUGCUCUAUAAAGGCUUCCUCAAAUAGCACCUGCAUUAAAAUGACUAGUCUCGCUCAGUGGCAUUAAGGAAGCAGAGUUGACAGUCAGCUCAGACCCUCUCUGCCGGUACUUUCUUUGAUCACCCACUGCUGAAUGAUGAGACGUCUGUGUCUGUGGGAAGAGAAUUAUCUGGAACACUGAAGAGACGUCUUCUUUUAAAAGCCUCUUCAAGCACAGGUCUUUUGUAUUUUCAGGAGAUUUGAACUCGGCCCUGAUUUCAGCGUGCCUCUCAGCUUGGUUCGCUCUACAGAGACCAGUUGCACCAACCACACUUCAGUCAUGCACUGCCUCAUGCUGCACUCGAGAAAAAUGUCUUUAACUGAACUGAACCCUUCAGACCCCAAGACCUUGUCAGUGUCUUUUGCACCGACGACUUUGUUGUAGCAGCAAAUCUCCAUGAAGUGGUUCCAUUUUAGAUUCAUGUGCAACAGCCUGAUUUUUACAAAACUGCAGUAAUGCGCUACUUCUCCUGACCAUGUUAACACUCUGUUUAUUUAAGUUCUUAACAGAGGUUUUAAUUUAUCACACAUUUAUACUAUAUUUUAGCACAGUUUCAAUGCCUGUGGAUUGUUUUACAGAGACUAAUCUUGACUAGCCUUGUCAUCUGCUGAGUUGCCUUCUUAACAGAUUUAAGCCAUAUGGAUUAGAAUGUGUUGAUCAGCUUCAGUAACUUCAUCUAUACAACAGUUCUCCACAUUUGUAGUAGAUGUGUGCUUUCAUUUCUUUGUUGUGUGCUUUUGUUAUUUGUAUUCGGUUGAUUGGAAACGAAAAUGAUUGUUUGUUUGUCAUGUGUUGGUACUUGGACUCUCGCACAAAAUAGUUUUUUUUGCUGUGAGAGUUUUCAACACAAUGAAAUUCCACCUUUUAUUCAGAUUGUAGCGCAUUUACUACAAAGGCGACAUAUACUUUACAUUCCUACCAGUCAUUUCAUAAGCACACCAUGCUCAUUGAGAUUUGUUCCCACACAUUUCUUUAGUGGUGAUCUAAAAUUCAACUUAAAGACGGUACCUUCUAUCACAGUGACCAUCCUCUCUAAAGCCUCAUUUUCACUGCAAGGUUCAGCCGGCUCGACUUAAAGUCACUCACUCAUCAUAUCUACUUUGUUCUUUACUGUAGCAAUCAGCUGAGGGAUUCUCCUUUUACUGGCAACCAAACUGAGGCCAGUUGUUUGGUAGUUUAAAGCAGCUAUUCUCAACCUUGGGGUCGGGACCCCAAUUGGGGUCGCGAGAUGAUUUCUGGGGGUCGCCAAAUCAUUUGUUUUAGUCUUUUUGGUCACUUAAUGUCUUUUUUUGUUCAUUUUGUGUCUUUUUAGGUCAUUUUGUGUCUUUUUUUUAUCAUUUUAUGGUCAUUUUGUGUCUUUUUUUGUAAUUUGGUUUCCUUUUUUUUGGUCUUUUGUGUCUUUUUUUAGACAUUUUGUGUCUUUUUUGGUAAUUUUGUGUCCUUUUUUUGUCAUUUUGUGUCUUUAUAGGUCAUUUUGUGGUCAAUUUGUGUCUUUUUUGGUCAUUUUGUGUCUUUUUUGAUCAUUUUGUGGUCAAUUUGUGUCUUUUUUGGUCAUUUUGUUUCCUUUUUUUGGUCAUUUUGUUUCUUUUUUGGGUGAUCUGAACUGUGCAUGUGAGAUUGUGUUCAGUGAGCGGGGGUCACGGACAACAUGCAUGUUAAAUUGGGGGUCGCGACUCAAAAAGGUUGAGAACUACUGGUUUAAAGCAUAGUUUCGUGGGCUGCUGUUUUCUAAAACCUGGGUCCAGUUAAAAAAAAAAAAAGUGUGUUUGUGCACUGACUGUUCAGUGGUCUGCAGUGAUUUAACGCCACCUUUUAGUAUUGGCUCAGUUCACCUUGAACCGACCGAGUUGGUAUAAAAAAAAGUACCAGAUAUGAUGCACUUUCCACAACUUUUGCCAAUGGAAAACAAAAAAAAAGUCAAUUAGAGUAGAGCCGAGCUCUACCGUGCAGUGGAAAUGCAAGAAUUGAUUUGAGAAGUCCGCAGAUUUCUUUGUGUUUUUAAAUGUACGGCUUGCAAGCUUAUUGUUUGGGGGAUUUUGAAGAUCCAAGAAUAGUGAAGACUUUUGAAAAAUAAUGUGGAUUUGACUCUGUGCUUCACGUCAGAGAAGUGUGUAAUGUUUAAGCUUUGACUAAAACAGUCUUGGGCGGGAUGUUCACUGUGAAAGAUGCAUGGCUCAAACAUUUUAGUGUUUCCAUUAAAAAAGUUAAUGGACAUGAAUGGCUAAAUGGAUAAAAAAAACAUUGAAACUAGUCUGGUAUAAUUGAGAAAUGAAGUGGUUGUUAGUAAUGUAAAGUAUACGGGCUGUGUAGUUAAUGGAGAAAAAUGAAUUCCAAUAAUGUUAUUGAUUACAGUCAUUUAAGUGAAUCACACAUUUUCCAAUAAGUUGUAUGUCCACAUUGUUAUAUUUAUGAAUGAUGGAGGUUGAUCAUGUUGGGUAAACAUGAAAUGCAGAGCGAGGACUGCACUUUGACGGAUCACUUUUCUAAAAAAACUCGAUCAGAUAAGCAUACCCACUUUAUAACUUUUUAUAUUUUUAGUGCACAUAAUAAUUUUGGUCUUUAUACCGUUGUCAUUUUAUGAAAGAAUGUUUAUCAGCAAAUUUUAUUACUGUAUAUAUUUAAGUUUGCUAUUUGUAGGUUUAUCAGUUGACGACUUCAAAUUGGGCAAAUUUGUCUUAUUUUUCAUACGCAGUAGACAUGACAAGUAAGACAAAUAUAUUAUACUUUCUUGCCAAUAUCUUGUACAUUUUGCACAGCCACUUGUUUAUAUGUAAAUAUCUGAAUUUUAAAAAAGAAGUUUUUAAUUGCUAUUUUAUAUUGGAUUGAAAGAGAACGAUCUCUAUUAAAAGAAAAAAAAAACUA